UUCUCUAAACAUAGAGUCGAGUUAACAGUAGUACAGUCGACGUUGUCUGUAUUGCGUUGUAUUUGGCCGACCGCGAUUACUGGAUACUGGUGGUGGUACCCCUCAUUGAAGAUGGAACGAAAGCAUGUGUUUUCCGGAAUUACACCUCGGUUGUAAAUCUAGGACAUGUAGCGCAGAUUCUGUUUGUCUGGGAAAGCAGUUAGGAUUUGAUCAGGCCUCACCCUGAGAGUUGCCAGACUGGCCCCCAGGGGGCGCUGACGAUCAGCCAGCUGCAGCUUGAGCACCAUGACCCCGACCAUAAAGCAGUGGAGGCGGCUGGUCAUGCUGGGGAUGUUGGCCUGGAUCCUCCUCUUCCUGUGUCUCCUAUCACACUUCCUGGACCUGCGGGUGCUGGCCCCCGGCUUUGCCUCCCCACUGCUCAUCCACCCCGAAACCCGACGCCUCGCCUCCAUCCAGGGCAACCACCGAGGCAUCAUGGCCUCCCCCGUCCUGGAGGCCUCCAACUCCCCAGAUCACCAGGAGCCCACCUGGGGGGAACAUCCGCCCCAGGGAGGAGCCCCUCCAAUCGGCCAGGAGGGGUCCCAGGAAGCAGGUCCCCAGAUGGGCUCGCAGGCUCAGGGAGCCUGGUCAAUUCCCUGGGAGGGGGAGAUGGGCAGGGAGCACAGCCAGAGCAGACACUCUGUGAUCCCGAGCGAGCCCAAUGAGGAGGACGACUGGGAGGAGAGGAGGAGGAGGAGAAAGAGGAGGAGGAGAGGCUGGAACAGGACCAGAUCGGAGAGGAGGACCGCCGACGUUGACGACGACUACGUGUUCUCCAGUUCCAAGGUCACGGUCCAGAGACUGUGGAAGGGGAACGCCUCGGCGGGCAUGCUCUCUCCGCGGCUCCAGAAGGCCAUGAAGGACUACCUGAGCGCCAACAAGCACCACGUGGUCUACAGGGGGCGCCGGCACGGCCGGCAGAGCGGGCACGAGGUGGUGUGCCAGCUAAAGAGAGAAGCUCCGGUGAGGGCGCUGGACGGCACGGAGGAACCCUUUGCCGGGCUGGGCUGGGCCAAACUGGUGCCGGGUCACCCGCUGGAGAAGCUAGCGGGCUCAAACUUCAGGACGUGUGCUGUGGUCACCUCCGCUGGAGCCAUCCUCAACUCCUCCCUAGGGAAAGAGAUUGAUUCCCAUGAUGCUGUUCUUCGGUUCAACGCCGCCCCCACCGAGGGCUAUGAGAAUGACGUGGGCAACAAAACCACUCUCCGAAUCAUCAACUCCCAGAUCCUGGCACGACCCAAGCAUCACUUCAACACCAGCUCCCUGUACAAGGAUGGGGCUCUGGUGGCCUGGGACCCUGCGCCAUAUUCUGCUGACCUAGCCAGGUGGUUCCAGAGCCCCGACUAUGACCUCUUCACCCCCUACGUUCAGCACCGACUCCUCCAGCCGGCUCAACCCUUCUACAUCCUCCACCCCAAGUUCAUCUGGCAACUAUGGGACGUGAUCCAGAGUAACACUCAGGAGAGCAUCCAGCCGAACCCCCCCUCCAGCGGCUUCAUAGGUACAAUCCUGAUGAUGGCGCUGUGUCAGGAGGUCCACGUGUAUGAAUACAUCCCUUCGCUCCGGCAGACGGACCUGUGCCACUACUACGAGCGCUACUACGACGCCGCCUGCACUCUGGGGGCGUACCAUCCCCUGCUCUACGAGAAGGUGCUGGUCCACAAGAUGAACGUGGCUCCUGAAGAGGACCUGAAGAAGAAAGGCAGGGUCACUGUGCCUGGCUUCAGCACCGUGGACUGUGGGCCGUGAACUCUUCCCAUCGUUCUUUUGGAACUCGGACCCCCUGGGUUUCUGUGUAAAUGAAGAUGACGGUGCUCAAAGUAUGAACCUGAGCUAACGGACGGGCGGAGACACGGUGAGUUUGAGCGUCUUUCGCUCCGAGCCUUAGGACCAUGCUCCAUUCGUUCUUGGGAGUGUCUUUGUCGGCAGCUGUUGGCCGCAAGGGCGGGCGACUUCAGCCAGGGACUGUUGAAGGGAUCAAAAGCUGUGGACUUGACUUUCAAAGAGGUCGACAAGGAGAGAAAGUGUUUCGAAUUAUUCAGCCCUGAAGUAACGCCUGGUUGCUGGCAGGAAAAAAGCAAAACGAAACCGUUAGGCUAGCUGUAGCAAACACUGUUAAUGGAGGUGUGUUCAAGGCAUGAGGGUGUUGUGUUGCGGUGUGUGUUCGAUUUAGUCCCAUAAGGGGUCUUCUCAUUAACACAGAACUCUAGAGCUGGUCUGCACUUUCCUUUUUGAAUCAUUUAGGUAUUUUCCAUCAACCCUUUGUUUUCCUAUGAUGUCUAGGCCUAGACUAGUUAGCUACACUGUAGCUCAUGAAAUGCCAAUAAAAUAUCAAACACAUUUACAGGUAGCUGGCUAGCUAGCCAAGCAUCUAGCAAGAUCCACAACUGGAUAGAGAAUCUGGCUGGCAAUGCUAGGUAUCUGGCCUGUGUUGUUUUAGAGCUGCUCUAAAUAAAUGUGUUACGACCUUUCUGUCGAAGGAUAACACAAUUCCAGUCUGUCAACUGUGUGAGUGCGUUGCAAUACAAAUACUUUGAAAUAGAACAAAUUGAUUGUACAUUAGUUGUAGACAUUAUCGGAGAAUAAUCCCUUGAUGCAAAAACUCGGUAAUCUGCAAAUUGGCCCUGCUUUGAAUAACUCAGUCGUUCCAACAAUCACAUUUAUUUGAAGGACGUGUAAUCGAUGCAUGUUUGUUUUAAAGCUAAGAUUGUCGUUCAUUCAUUGUUGUGGAAUAGGGUUAGUCAGAAAAGAAUGGAAUGUUUUGUAUGUAUUUUCCUGAAAUUGAUGGUGAUUGAUGUGAAUUCACUGUGUUUGAAAAAUGCGUUCUAGAAACCUAAAGGAAAGGGGAAUGUGAAUGUAUAUCUUUCACUGUCGAUUCCUGUUUUACCUUACUUUGAACCUAUGGCGCCAAAUCAAGAAAUUACAAAUAGGCCACAAAUCAUGCACGCCUUUACUCAUCAUUUCAACACAUUUGUACACUCCGAGUUCAAUAUUAUUAAGUAUAAUCAAACGCAAAAGUAGAAUGAAGAAGAAUAGUCAAAAACUUUUUAAAAACAAGUACCUUUUUGAUUGGAACCAAGCAAGAGCAAUAUUAGAACUUUGUCUGUAACUGUGAUAUUCUUGUUGUGGUACGAGGGAAAACCUGUGUGGUCAUAUGAGGGAGAACUGUUUUGUGUAGAAGUUUGUGUACUUAAUGUACAAAGACCUAACACAUUUUUAGGAAAUCCUUACUGUGGGUAUGCGAAUAGUAAUUGUAUUUACUUGAUUUUUAAUGCCGCAAGAAUGUGUUCUACCCCGAUGUUUUUAAUGAGCUCAGAAGCAGGAAACUCGGAGAGCACAGAUGAUAACUGUAAUCUGGGUCACUAGAACAUCAUUCAGGAAAGACGGAAAGGUAUUGGACAGUAAGAGCAGUUUCUCACUGUCAUGGUGUGGUCUGUCAGGUGGUGAAGGGGAUUUACCCUGUCGUUUACAGAUAUACUACAGAACACAUGGCCUUUAGCAACCAACAGAUCCAUUUGACUGCUGUUCAUUUCCCUGGCCUUGACACAAUGGUACAGAUACACUGUGUAAAUAGAAGGUGCAUUUGGUUGGUUUUGGAUUAUGGAAAUCUGGUAAAACUGUAAUGCAACGCAGCUAUUCAUACUUGCUGGGUACUCUAAUGAAAUGUAUUGCCUUUAGCAAUUAUAAUAGACUUGAAAUUGUGCCAAAUACUUUCUCUGUGAGGUUACUGCUGUACUGCUGCUGCUAAUGGUGUCUUGGGAACACACUACUAAACAUGGUAAGGUGGGCAAAGCAGCCGUUUUGAAAUGUUUGAGCAAAGUGACAGAGCCAUAUCAUUAGGAGUCAUUUAAUAGUGGUAUUAUAAAAAGGAAAGUAGAAAGGGCAGCGACUGAAAUGUCGUUUUGACCUGGUGGUUGUAUGAUCCAAUGUGUACAGCAUAAUAUAUAUAUAUACCUUAAAUAUUAUUGGCUGGUCUUGACAAAAACCUAACAGUGCAGUAUUCUCAUUUGUACAGUGUUUUUCUGUUUUACUGCUCAUUUUGUAUAGAUCAGUUUGCACUGAACAUGAUUUGAUAGUAAGAUUUGUACUUUUCCCAUCGUUUUCUACUAACACUGUUACGAAUAAAGACGUUAUACAGCA